CACAAGCAUGGACCCAUUUAAUCUUACAAUAAUGUAUGAAACUCUAACUUGGCAUCUUUCAUCCUUUGCUACAUGCAUGUUAUGUAUUAUUCUAUUUCCAUAUAUCAUAUAUGCUAAUUCCCCCUAUCUAUAAAUAUAUACAUAAUUAAACCUAUAUAUGUAUCUAUACACCCCCGCCCCCUCCCUUUCCCUCUCCCCCCUCCUCCUCUAUUAAAGCUAUUCUUUGAACAUCUGCUUACUAUUGGUGUUAUUCUCCCGUUGACUUUUUUUCUUUUGCAUUUAUAUAUACAUAUUAAGUUACUUAUUUAUUCACAUAAUGGGGUUGAAAGAUAUUGGGUCCAAAUUGCCACCGGGGUUUCGGUUUCAUCCAAGCGAUGAAGAGUUAGUUUGUCAUUAUCUUUGCAACAAGAUUAGGGCCAAAUCUGACCACGGUGAUGUUGAGGAUGAUGACGUUGAUGAAGCCUUGAAGGGUGCUAGUGAUCUUGUGGAGAUUGACUUGCAUAUUUGUGAGCCAUGGCAGCUUCCUGAUGUGGCAAAGCUGAAUGCAAAAGAAUGGUACUUCUUCAGUUUUCGCGAUAGAAAAUAUGCAACUGGAUAUCGUACAAACAGAGCGACGGUAAGUGGGUACUGGAAAGCAACAGGGAAGGAUCGGACGGUGAUGGAUCCACGAACAAGCCAAUUGGUAGGGAUGAGAAAAACACUGGUCUUCUACAGGAACAGAGCACCAAAUGGGAUCAAAACUACUUGGAUCAUGCACGAGUUCCGUCUUGAGUGUCCAAACAUGCCACCUAAGGUACUUGAUUAUUACCCCAACAACAAUAUUUCUUCACUCUUUCAUACUGCUAACCAUUAUUAGUAAUGAUCAUUUCACAAUAAUUACGUCUUAUUAAGCAUAAUUUGUAACGUAACUUAACUCACGACAUGUGUCUAUUCCUGGAUGUCGUCCCAUAGAUAUAGAUACCAAUAACUGUACCAGCGUCUUGGUUUUCAUGAAACUAAUUUGAACAAGGAGAUAGUAGUGUUUUUAAAUUUUCUAUUUGAGUGGAAAAUCAUGCUAUUUUAACUCGCUAGAAAAGUAUCAUUUAAUCCUUUUAAUUUCUUAAAAAUCCCAAAUUUUCAAAAAAUUAUUAUACUCCACAAAUCCAAUACAAUAUUUAUGUACCUCAAGAACAUUAGUCUAGACUAAUCUAUAAGUUCCGGUCAUAUGAUGUAUGCAUAUAUUAUACAUAGAGUAUGAUGCAUGUGGCCGGAAGUAAGUGAAUCAGCUUAUUAUAU